UAUUCAAAAUUAAGACAGCUAGACAGAACCAAAUUCAAAGCCAAGAAGAUUUGAUUCUAAAAGAAAAUUAUAUGUUUCUCUUCUUCAAGAAGUAAAGGUCAUAAAAAAAAAACGGAGUUUUGAGUAUCAAAGGAGUUUCCUUUGCUUUACUGUUACAUUCUCCAGGAAUAAAGGCGGUGGUACCUUUGCUUCUCUGACGAAAACUAAGAGACUUUUUGUUUGUUUGUUUGUGGGUUUGUUCAAAGAUGCGAUUUUCUAGUUGCUUAUGUUGUGGAAGAGGGUUUGAUCGGGAAAAAGAGGUGAAGACUGAGCCAUCAUGGAGAGAGUUCACACAAAAGGAACUUCAAGCAGCCACAAACAGUUUCAAUUACGACAACAAACUCGGCGAAGGUCGGUUUGGUAGUGUCUAUUGGGGUCAGCUACCUGAUGGAUCUCAGAUUGCAGUGAAGAGAUUGAAGGCAUGGAGUGGCAGCAGACCAGAGAUGAAUUUCGCUGUGGAAGUCAACCUUCUAGGCGGCAUUCGCCACAAGAAUCUGUUGACUGCGAGAGGUUACUGUGCGGAAGGACAAGAACGGCUCGUUGUGUAUGAGUACAUGCCAAAUCUGAGCUUUGUCUCGCAUCUUCAUUCAUCUGAGUCGCUUCUUGACUGGACCAGGCGGAUGAAAAUAGCAGUAACCUCUGCUCAGGCUAUAGCAUACUUACAUCAUCAUGCAACACCUCGAGUAGUCCAUGGAGAUGUGAGAGCAAGCAACGUGCUGCUAGAUUCUGAGUUCGAAGCUCGUGUUACUGAUUUUGGAUAUGGGAAGCUGAUGCUAGAGGAAGAUGGAGCUACUAAAACUAACAACAAUGGUUAUAUCUCACCAGAGUGUGUUGAAUCAGGUAGAGAAUCAUCUACGGGAGAUGUGUAUAGUUUUGGUGUUCUGUUGUUGGAACUGGUUACUGGUAAGAGACCUGUAGAAAGGAUAAACCAAACAACAAAACGUGGGAUUACCGAAUGGGUUUUACCUCUGGUUUACGAGAAGAAGUAUGAUGAGAUUGUGGAUCAGAGGCUGGAUGGGAAGUAUGUGGAGAAGGAGCUGAAAAGGGUAGUUUUGAUAGGGCUUAUGUGUGCUCAGAGUGAGCCAGGGAAGAGACCAACAAUGUAUGAGGUUGUGGAGAUGUUGAUGAAUGAAACUAAGGAUAAAAUGGCUUAUCUUGAAAGUAUUCCACUUUUCAACAAGAACAAUGGAGGUGAAGCUAUAGAUGAAAGCUCAGAGAUUCUUUUAUAAGAGAGAAUCAUCAGAAACGAGAAUAGAUUAAUUAUAUGUUGUUUGAUUCACACAAUUCUUUUUUUUUUUCUUUUGCAAGAAUCUGGUUUUGGUUUUCUUCAUUUUCAACUUUUGAUUUUAAUCGUUCAUGAUUUGAUAGUUGAGAGUUUGUAAAGGAGUGUAAUGGAGUACAUACAUACUUGUUCUUUAUAAAAAACAGUGUAAAGAUUUGUUUAUUUUGACAUUAAGAACCUCCCAA